UACUCGUAUCCCAGUUUCAGAACAGAUGGGCACGCGGCGAGUUUCAUCGCCAAAUGGCGACUUCACUCUUUUCUUCACAAUUCAGAGUCCGUUUUCGAAUUUUCAUCCAUGCCGCUUUCAACAAACAGCUAUGGAUGGCGCUAAGAGGACUUUCUCAUGUGUUGAGCAAUAUUAUAUGUAUAGCAAAGCUCUCUCAGCUGGAGAUAAAACUGCAGCGGAACGCAUCAUGUCAGAACGAGAUCCGAAGAAGAUGAAGCGAAUUGGCAUGGAGCUUGUUGGGUUUGAUAAAGAUUUUUUUUUUAAUGCAAGUUCUAAACUGAUCCUCUCAAAAAUUUUACUGUUUUUUAUGUGGGACUCUAUGAGCUCGGCUGUAAUGACUAGCGCACUUGAAGCUAAGUUUACGCAAGAUUCUCGACUUCGACAUAUGCUGUUCUUGACGCACGGUUCACGCCUUGUCGAAUGCUCACCUUUCGAUUCCAUUUGGGGGAUAGGUCUCUCGAUCGACAGUCCCGAUGCUGUGAAUCCUUCUAAAUGGCGCGGAAAAAAUCGCCUCGGCAACCUUAUGGACGCCGUGCGUGAAAAGUUAUGGGCUAAUGAGGAGUACAGAGCCCAACGGGAGGAGGUUGAAUCACAAAUGAGCUUGUUUCCUGGCUACGCUGAUCUCUAUUUCUCUUCAAACAUCACUAGAACCCGACACAGCAUCGGAGACACUCUCGAAGGGAAAGGCGAGGCAGCCUCCCCUGACCGUCGGCGACGUAGUUCAGGUGAAGCUAUUCGUGCAAAGCGACGGCAGGCUGAGGAGGAACUUAUAAAGGCUGUAUGUGUAGAGAAAAGGCGGCGAAGUGAGCAUGAUCCUGCCGAUACGAAGAAGACGGAUGCGUUAGAAGCUCCGUCUACUUCUGCGAAACCGACCAGCGAGCGUGAAAACGGUACUUUGAAUCAUCAUUCGCGGAGCUCGCGCAGCAAAAAUAUCACGGAAAACAAUAAUCAUUACUCCAAACCAUCUCAAGAGGAGCCGGCAAAGCCCAAAGUUCUGCUGGAUGUUGUUGAUCACUCUAUACAAGAAUUGCUGCUUCCUGGCGAAGUCUUACAUAGCGACGCACCAACUCCAGAAACAAAUCACGGAACAGUUGAAGAGCAGGGCGGAAACAAGGAUAGACAGGAAGAAAUUGCUGCAAGAUUACGGAAGAGCUGUGACGAUGAAGAGAUGGAGGAAAGCGUAGCGCCAAAGGAUCUGGAAAUAAAAAUGAGAAAAAGUCUGUCAUCUAGAAAGCGGACCGUCGAGGAAGGAGAGAAGGAAGACGCACCGAAGAAAAAGAGAAGAAAAGAAGAAGACGCGGGAGACCGACGAGUUAGAAAAGAAGAAGACACGGUAGACCGAUCACGAUCUAGGCGACGGAAGUCUAGUUCGCUCUCACCGCCAAGAAGAUUCAGUAAAACUAGUAAAGAGGAAGAUGAUUCGAGAAGUAGAAGUCGUCGGCGAAGUGAGCGCGUCAAAGAUGACAAGAAGUCUGAGGAACGCAAGCACAAAAGAAGAAAGAAUGGAGAGAAGUCAAGAUCAAGAAGCAGGGAUCGAUCUAAGAAUGAGAAAUCGAAGACAGAUGAAAGAAAACGAACGUCAUCGAAAGAACAUGAGAAAGAUGGCAAAAAAGAUAGACACAUACACAAGGUUAAUGAAGAGAAAGGAAAAGCGAAAGCGCAUUCCGCAACUCCUGCUUCUGCUCAAGUCAACACUGCCCCGAAGAUUCCACAAGGAGAAAUGUAUGGUCCCGCAACAGUUACUUCUUCCAAGGCUGAAAAGCUCAACAACCUCCUCAACCGGAUGAAGAAGAAACAAACGUUGCAAUCUGGGUUACCCAAGUGAUUGUCUAUAUUCAUCAAUAUCUCUGCUUGUGCUUUUACAUCUUUGAAACCAUCUUUGCCAAAACGUUUGUCAUCUGAAAUUACAUCUCUACAUCGAAUAGAAGAACAAUCAAUGAUACAACCACAGUCUAUUAUUAUAUCGUUAUUCAAAGUCCUUUCACACCAUCACCUCGAAUGAGGCAAUGUAUUUCUGGCAUUGUGAUCAAAACAAACCCUCCUCUUUGAGAUAUUUAAUAUUAGUCCUAUUUUGGUCGUUGUAUUAUACUCGUAUAACCGUUGGUCUCAAUAAUGCUAAAAUGUCUUUGUCUAGUUGAAGUUGGAUGAUGUUUCUCGUAAUAUCCUGUUUGAACAAUUGUUUGUUACAAUAAUUUUAUUUGGCUACGCCAAGUUGAUGGUUUUCAUUCAUAUGAUUUCGAUCAUUUAUUUAUUGUUAAAAAUGAAAUCACCGAC